GGGGAGGGCAGGGACUAAAUCAGAGUAGAGUUGGACGGGGAAAUAACACACUCCACUCAUAAUAACUUUUUUGAAAAAAUGAUAAGUACAGUAAAAAUGCAGAGUUAAGUGGAGAGGUUGGAAAGCGCUAGUACAAUCAUAAUGGGCCGAACAACCAUCUGCCGUGCUGUGUCAUUCUGUGCAUCUGGCUAUUAAUCACAAGAGGUAGUAAAGAACGAUUGGUGUUUGGGGGGUUGGGGGCAAUCGCCCUUUAAUAUUCGAUCAUUGCGUGUCUGUUUUAGCCAGCAGAGGUGGGCUGGAACGUUUUAAAUUACAUGCUGCCGAGCUAACGAAGGAUUCCUCAUUUUGACACUAGCCAACUGCUGGAGCUUGGAGGCGGGACGACUUCUCUGGCUGUCGCUGUAAACAAAAGCAUGUUUCUAUAUCAGUCUCGCUGGGGAAACUGAAAAGGUAAAAUAGGCUAAUAAUAAGAGGUUUAAGGACAUGCGAGCUAUGACGAAUUGGCCCCGCGUUUUUUUCUCCGAGUAAUGAAGUGGCCAUUACUUAGUUUUGCUUUGCAAGCUUAAAGGCCGAAAUGAAAAACAGGGCACCUGAUGGGAUUGGGAAGCAGAUGAGAGGUCCCAGCUUUACGGGAGACAAGAAAGCGAAAAUCACAGCCAAAACCCAAAAGACGUGGAUGAGACUUGCAACGGUCUUUGCUUAUCUGCUGUGUGUAUCUUUGACGGCGGUGAUUCUGGUGAUCUAUUACACUUUAAUUUGGGAGCCGGUCCGCACGAAACCAGGACCGUCCAACAGCAACUUAACCGUGGCCAAUGUAGAAACCGGCAACUCUAGCGUCGGGCAUAGACGGAGAAGUGCCUUCAACGCAGUAAGGAAUAGUCCAAGAGGUUUCAGCAAUCCGCGAUACGAGAGGAGCCAUUUGAGACGCUCGGGCGGUCGGACUGGCGAUUUUGUGAACUCACCGAGGCGGGGGUCCGGGAUGGUGCACGGUGCUUUCGCCGGCUUCAGCACCACGGUCAACAGCGGCACCGGUCUCAUGCUAAUCACCGAGAACAGUGAGCCCAGGGCAAUUGGCAGCAGCAUCCCCGGUGCUCGCAGUCUUAUUGACGCGGUCACCGACAACGGGGCGUUCAGGACCACGGACAGCGACGACCAGGCGACCGCCAGGAGUAUGGCAUUCAGCACCUUGGACAGUGACCAAAGGGGCGCCAGCGGCAGGGGAGCGACUGUCAAGAGCCGUGCGUUCAGCACCUCGGACAGCGGCUCGCUCAAGGCUCCCAGUUCCAGCAGCCACCAGCAGAGCUCUACUCUCGCCGAUAGCGGAAACGGCAGCACCACGGACAGCGGUAUCGGCAUCGCUGCUCGGGGCAUUUCCACGCUGCAAGCACCCCAAGCGGCCGGCCAGAAGAAGGUAAUAAACCCACCUCCCAAUGACCCGAAUCAAGCAGGCAAGAGCGAUGCAGCGAGUAUGGAAUCAAACCGGUGGGCAAUCAGUACCUCCAAUGUAGGGGAAUUGGGAGUUGCAUCGACUCUGCUAGGCCUGAAUCAACACGUCAAAAGCGACACCGACAGCAAAACGAAGGAGGUCAAAAUGGACAGUCAAUACACAACCCAAUCAAGACAUGGCUUUUAUACCAAAAGUAAUAUGGAGUCCACCCAUGCUAUGAGUCUAUUGACAGAUUUGGUUCAUAAUAACUGGCAUGAUGAGGUACUUAGAAAUAAAAUGGAUGGAAAUGAUGAGAGUUCGGCUGUAAUCUCUACUAGCAAUGCCAAAAGAAUUGAGAACAUUCCAACUAUGGCCAAACCUACAACUGACCCAGGUCUGUUUCACACUGCCCUCACAAGUGUAGAUAACAGUGAGUUGGGCAAUCAGCGCUCUUACAAAAACCUCAAUCUGACAGAUAAGUACAAUGUAUUUGCUAAGCUAAGGGUUUUGGACAUAACACCAAAGAAUCGAGAAAGGAAAAAUUCCAUUGGAUCACACAGCGACAGGUUAGAUUGGAUGCUCACCAAGGAACCAGCAAGUACUGUUACUCACAUAUCAAGAUUACCAUUACUUAGCCCCUCCAAGCCAGCAGAAAUCUGGGAGAACAAGGAGUUGCGUCACACUGGGACAACUGACCUUGAAGAUCACCAUGUCCUGCAAAAUCUCAAUACCAAUAAGGAGCAGCCAUCUACCACUUGGAAGCAAAGCCAGGUCAAUGCAGAGGACACAUAUAAAAAUACUGUAACUAAUUCUUUACCAACACUCCCAAUAACAUAGCUUUGCAACUGAACUGUUUUUAUCUUAGGAGAAAGACACUUGGCAAUAUAUUUUAAAUAACUACCAUAAUUACUGCUAAUAUUGAUUGCAUUAUAUUCUGAUUUUUAACAAUCUUUUCCCCUUUUGUGUCAAAUAACAUUUAAAGAAAAAAGGUUACAAAACCAGAAAACACAAUAGCUUUUAUUUAAGUUAAAUAUUUUCUGAUACUUACAGUUCUUCACAAUGUGUCAUUUUACAUGCUCAGUAUAGUCUUAAGAGUAUCACACACUUAAAAUAUUUUGUAUUACAAACCUACAAGAUAUUAAACAAUUUACCUGCCUGUGUUGCCUACCUUUUUCUUUCAUUUUAAGUUUCAGUAUCCACACUUAUAAUAGAAACUUUCUAUUUAAACUUGUUAU